CCUGGACGGUCCGUCAUUAUAAAUAUAAUGGGGCUGGGGAGAGUUUAGUCAGUUGUUAGAGCUUACUCUCGUGACCAGCAGAUAGCCAGACGUUCUCCACGAGCCCCCGAAGCACUGUAACCUACUGACGGCUACACAGCCUUGCUUGGAAGUGGCUAAUCUUCGGGCUUCGUACGUUCUCAAGUGUUUAUAACCUGACCAUGUAUGCUACAAAGGCACUGCUGUGUUUGACGAUUCUGCUCGUCCAUCUUUCUGCACUAACCCAAGCUAGUUGUGGGUUUGCAGAAGCACGCUUUGAGAGGACCAGGUUCGGGACUGAGGUCAGGUAUUGUGAGUACAAAGGGCUUAACCUGUUACCGGGUUCCUGGCUUAUCGACAAGGACGACUGUAUGGCGAUAACGUGUAACGCGCACGGAAUGAGCAUGUGCGGCUACGAUGUAAACGCUGGAGUGCGUAUGCCUCCUCCGGGGUGCAGAAUCGUCAGUGAUGGCUGUGAGCCAAGGUAUAUUCCCAUGCCAGGUUCCAGGACCAGAUGCCCAACAUGAGAGAUGGUUCAGGUCAAUGGGCGUCAUAAUAUAUAACUUACUCUGUCGCCUAUCUGUAUACAUCAUCACUACUGUUUCAAGGGCCUAGAUGCCCGAUUUAUCGUCCAUGACAGUUAUGACUGUAUGCUCCACUUUGGCGGGCAGAAAUGAUGAUUUAAUGAGUUUCCUGCGCUGCUCUGGAUCCAUCUUACCCGCCCAUUGCUAUCCGCUAUAAUGAGACCGACGAGGUAUGCAACUCGCCCCCGAUUAAAGACAUUUAAUUCCAAUAUUUCUAAAACAUAUUUAAAAGGCACGAGAAUGAACAACGAAAUGGAAUUUUUUAAAACAUGGAGACAUGCCUGCAACAUUUCGAAUGAAUGAGAGCCGUGGUAUUUCAUAGCGUAAUGUUUAAAAGUUUUUCCCGGGACUGGAAAAAGAUGAAUAAUCUGCUCUUCGUGUGGUUAGUAUAGGAAAUCCAUCCUCUAAAGUAUGACAUAAUUAUAACUGUUUGUCAGCAACACUUGAUGUGAGAAAAUCAAGGUAUCUAUUUCGUUAUAUAUCUUUUCCGUUUUCAAAUCUGUGAUGAAAAUAUUUGAUGAAAUAAAUGCGCUUGUACAGCGCAGGUGUUAAUAACCUAUAAGGCGAUACUAAACAUGCACAUCUGUAUUGAGGGAGAAAGUGAUGUAUGCGAAAAAACACAAAGAACAACAAAAUAUUACAUUGGUUCAACGUGCCGGCAUACACGGUUCACGUGUUAUCUUAUGCAGUGCCUUUCUCUCUACCCCCAAAGGUAAUGUAGCACUCAACACUGCACCCCCUUUACUGUGAUUGAUCAUCUUAUCAGAUAACCUGUUUACUGCGAUAAAAUCAGAAUCGUUUUUGAGGACGUUAACCGCUGUAAGGCACAGUGGUAAGCUUAUGACAGAUAAAAAUGAUUGCUCUGAAAUGCUGUUAUAUACGAAAUGAUAUAUGACAUGCGUUAUGAGACCUCCCAAGUAUGUAUGGGCAUUACUCUGACAGUAAAAAACACCUUAGGGCAGUAAGAAAACAACGCAAAAUGUUUAGAAUUUAAUCGUGAAGUUUUCACUCAAACAUUAGAGUAUUUUUAACGUAAACAAUGUAUGCCUUGUACGUAUUGUAUAAUGGUAUUGUAUACAUCAGGUGUACAGUGCCUAUGAAUAUGUUGACUGCUAACUGGAUAAUCUGUCAGGAUAACUGACAUUAUCAGUUAUACCUAAGCAAGGAUAUUCUGUCAGGAUAACUAAGGCAUUAUCAGCUAUACCUAAGUUUGGAUAUUCUGACAGGAUAACCUUGAGGUUAUCAACUAUACCUAAGUUUGGCUAUACCUUAUUUUAGAUAUUCCGACAGGUUAUCAACUAUACCUAAGUUUGGCUAAACCUAAUUUUAGAUAUUCCGACAGGAUAACUAAGUCAUUAUAAACGAUACCUUAGUUUGGAUAUUCUGGCAGGAUAACCAAGGCAAUAUCAGGUAGACCUAAGUUUGGAUAUUCUGACAGGAUAACUAAGACAUUAUCGGCUUUACCUAAGUUUGGAUAUUCUGACAGGAUAACUAAUACAUUGCCAGCCAUACCUUAGUUUGGAUAUUCUGGCAGGAUAACCAAGGCAAUAUCAGCUAGACCAAAGUUUGGAUAUUCUGACAGGAUAACUAAGGCACCAUGGUAAUGUCUUAGCUAUCCUGCCAGAAUAUCCAAACUUAGGUAUAGCUGAUAAUGCCUUAAUUAUCCUGCCAGAUGUCCAAACUAAGGUAUAGUUGACAAUGCCUUAGUUAUCCUGUCAGAAUAUCUAAAAUUACGUAUAGCUGAUAAGGCCUUAGUUAUCCUGUCAGAAUAUCUAAAAUUACGUAUAGCUGAUAAUGCCUUAGUUAUCCUGGCAGAAUAUCUAAAUUACGUAUAGUUGACAAUUGCCUUAGUUAUCCUGUCAGAAUAUCUAAAAUUACGUAUAGUUGACAAUGCCUUAGUUAUCCUGGCAGAAUAUCUAAAUUAAAUCACGGGCCUAUUGGAUCAAUUUGUUCCAAACGACAGGUUUUAAUUUAUUGAUAGAACAUUCAGCUUUCUUACAGAUCUAACAAGUUUAUGGCAAUAACAACUUUGUUUUUCUUAAAUUUAUGCUUGGUUAAUCUCUUGCAGCAAGCAUCUAGGUUAAUCUUCCUGUGGCAAGCAAUUAAAUUGUAUUUUGAGGUCUAGAUAUAAAAAAAAUUUGGACAAAACAUAUAUGCAGCUUUUGUCACAGUUUAUUGUUUU